GUGAGUAUGAGUAAAAUGACGUGUUACUGUUGAAGACAUUUCUAGACUAUUAAUAGAGUGGACUUUGGACAAGUGAAACGUAAUUUGUCUGUUCAGAAAACGUAUAUAUAACAAGACAAACUUAUUCAGAGAGAUAAAAGAAAGAGCAUAGAAGUAAAUAGGAGUGCUGAAAAGAAAACAGGAGAUCAUAACAUGGAGCAAAUAGAGGGAAAAGAAAAUAUGGAACAAGAGCAAGUAGCCGAUGAGCAGUUUAUAAACAAACUUGGUAACUUACCAGUUGUGAGCUCAGCAUGGACUCAAGCCUGUGACAUCUACAACAAGACCAAGGAAAGCAACUCUUUAUUGAGGGCUACAUGUAACAUGGCCGAGGGAGGUGUUCAAUCAGUUGUUUCUACAGCUAAACCCUAUGUUGAGAAAUACCAGCCACAAAUUGAGGCAGUUAAUGCAUAUGCUUGUGAAAAGUUGGCAUUGAUGGAAGAACAGUAUCCAGUGAUAACCAAACCAACCGAUGAGCUCCUCAAGGAGGGCAAGGAUAAGUGUGCUGGGGUGCUCAAACCUGUUACUGACAGGGUGAACGCCGUUAAGGACACAUAUAAUGGAAUGGUUAACAAAGGACAUGAAACAUAUGAAGCAACAAAAGGGAAGGUUGAAGCUGUAAAGGACUACAGUAUGACAACAGUGAGCAGAACUCUGGAAUCUCCUCUUGGAAAAUUUGCCAUGGAGAAAGUGAAUGAGGCACUGACAGUGUCUGAGGAAUAUGUCGAAAAAUAUCUGCCUCCUUCUGAAGAAGAAAUGACAGAGGCUGAAAAAGCUCCCUUGGAAGUGGAUGAAGUUGGACCUAUGACAAGAGUUACUUCCCUUAGUUCAAAACUUCGUGAAAGAAUGUACAAGAGGGCAAUGAAGGACCUUAAAGGACUACAGAUGAGAAGCAAGGAGAAACUUGAGGGUCUUAACUUUACUGUUGACCUGAUCCAGUAUGCCAAAUCAGGUGCUGGGGAGAUGAAAGACACGCUGGAGGAGAAAUAUGAGAUAGCUCAGAACAAGAUGGCCGAGUAUUGGGAGAAAAUUAAUGAUGAUGCUGAUUCUGAUGGUGAAGAUGCUCCAGAAACACUAGAAGGUAAAACUAUUGUAAUUGGUAGACGACUGACCAGACAGGUGAAACAAGGUAUGACCACUGUGUCAGGAUAUCUCCCUACCCGCCUUCAACCCACAGUUGUUCGUGAAAGAAUGGAAAAUUCUCUCAAGUAUACAGAAGAGCUGUACCAGGCAUUCAAAGAGGCACAGGGUUUUGAUGAUUUGCCACAGUGGUUACUUACACAAGCCAGAGAAAAGAUGUCUUAUAUACAAGAGACUGUGUCAUUUCUCACUGAAACAUUUCUCGUCUCUCCUAUCAGUUGGAUGGUUUCCAAACCUAGUAUAGAGCCAUCCCAACCAGAUGAAGAUAAUGGAGACGUUGAGAUGGAAUCUAUCAACAAUCCAGUUAAAGGCUCAGAAGAAAACAAAGACGUUAAUCAAGAAAAAGCAGAGAAUUAAAUAUUAGUGUGAUAAUUGUUGAUAAUGACUGAAAAUUGACACACAAUUACUAGUUCAUGGAUAAUAUUGACUAACUAUUUAAAUGAUAACAUGAAAAAUUACUAAUGACAGCUUUCAGUAUCUGUGUAUUUUGUGGACGUACUUUGGAAUCUUUAAACAACAUUUUUGGUCUGAUCUCUUUGUUUAGAAUUGAAAAGGCUUAGAGAAAUUGUUACUUUUUGAUGUGUUUGCUACAAUAUUUAUGUAUUUUGUAUACUUUUGGCAUUUAUAGAUAUAAAUCAACUGGCUUGAAAAGAUAUUUUGAAUAAAGUUUACAUUUU